AUGAGCCCGACUAUGCCUCAUGCUAUUGCAGGUGCCAUUCCACCUACGCCCAUCAUCCCGAGUAUCCCGCCAGGUGGAGAUGACCAAGGACCCAUGGGUGAGCCUGAGGAUGGCUCUGAUGACGAUGCCCUGGACAUACUGGCACCGCGCGCUGCUGGAGUUCCAGUGAGCAGAGAGGAGUUUGAUUCCAUGUCAGCCCUUGUUCGAUCUCUGCAACAGGAAAAUCUGGAGCUGAAGAACCAGGUUGAGACUCUGCGCAAAGUUCCCUCCUCCUCCACCCGCCCCUCGAGCGAUUCGGAGACACCACGCUACCUGACAAACACAACAAGCU